UGAUCGUUAAAAUGUCAGAAUGGUGUACGGAUUUAACGAAACCAUUUUUAAUUGUUUUAUUCCAAUUACAAUAUGUUUCUUAUUAUCGGUCACUUACGUAGCUAGCCUUUACGUUUGGAAAUCCCAACAUGAAAGAAAUCAUCCAACUACAAUAAAACAAAGAUUUUUUAGCGUUUUUAUAAUGAUGUUCAUUGCACCAAUCUUUUUAUAUAUGGGUUUAAGUAAAGGAUUACUUGAAAAAUAUACUCUUUUUGAAAUAGCGGGUCUUAAAUUACAGGGAAUAUGUCAAGCUUGUCUGUUACCUUUAGUUUUAACCAUGGUAUUAUUUUUGGGACCACUUUAUAUGCAAUUUCUGAAUGGUUUCUUGAAUACAUAUUUAGAUCCCAACUAUUGGAUUGAAAAUGUUAAAAAUUUGAGGUGGUUAAGAAACCACAUUGUCGCCCCACUAUCAGAAGAAUUUACUUUUAGAUCUUGCAUGCUACCCUUACUUUUACAGUGUUUUUCCCCUAUUACAGCGGUCUUUGUCUGCCCUUUAUUUUUUGGGGUGGCACAUUUCCACCACAUGAUAGAAUUAGUUCGAGACGGAAUUAAUUUUAAGACAGCAUUUUUAAUGUCUUGUUUCCAUUUUUCAUUCACAACAAUUUUUGGGGCUUAUUCGGCAUAUUUAUUUUUGAGAACGGGGCAUUUUAUGUCGUCAUUUAUUGUACACGCAUUCUGCAACCACAUGGGAAUGCCCGACGUUUCGGAACUGUUAACUUACAAAGGAACUCAACGCGUUGUAAUUAUAUGCGUGUUUUUUUUAGGGCUUGUCCUCUGGUGCUACUUAUUAAAUCCAUUGACCGAGCCCCAGUGGUUUUACAAUGAUUAUUUUUAUAAUUAUUACACUAAGAUUAAAGUGUAAUUAAACAAUAUUGUCAAUGACGUCAACAAUUUU